GUAUGUUACGAAAAACAACAAUCAUGGCAGACAAGAAGGAAAAAAUUGCUGCUGCCCGAAAAAAGCUUAAGCAAUACCAAUCAAAGCAAAAACACGAUGGUCCUGGCAGAGGCGAAAGUGACUCCGCAGGGGAAACUCCCGUUCCGGCGUCUAGCAUCAACAAUAACAGUAGCACGCAACCAUCGCCGUCGCCAACCCCCGUCGCAUCCGAGGAUGACAUCCAAAACCAAAAUCAUGUCUUACCGACGUCGGCAGCGGGAGGGGUCCAACCGUCGUCCUACAGUGUGGCGAAUUAUUUCAACAGCAACGCCAUACCGGAUUUCCUCGCGAUGGAACCACAGGUCGCCCAACCGGAACCAGUGGCCAUGGAGGGCAGCGUUCACAGUAUAAAUCGGAUAUCGGAGGAAAUUGGUCAGUUGAUUGCGAAUGCCAGUGCGGAUCUGGGACCGCAAAAUACAAUCCUGGAGCUGGAGUCGGAAAAGGCGGAACUGUCCCGGGUGAUGAACGCCCAAAAACUGGAAAACGACGAGCUGCGGCUGCGGCUGAGGAACAGCCAAUCUUCGGUGGAGGAAUUGAAGAAUGAGGUCGAUAAGUUGAAGUUGGAAAAUAGCACUAUGGUGACGAGUGAAUUGGGACCGAUUCAGGAACAGCUGCAGAUGCAAAUUCAAGCCGUUGGGGUGCUUGUUGGAGAGAAAGCCGAACUGACGGCAACCGUCAGCAAGUAUCAAAGUCUGUUGAAGGAGAAAUCGACGGAGAACGAUGAGCUGCAGAAUCGACUGAAAGCGUCUAGGGCGACGGUUCAAAAGCUGGAGAAAGAACUGGAAGGGAUCAAGCUGUCCGGAUCGAGAUUUGAAGAGCUGGAACGAACGAUUGGAGCUCAGUUGAAUGAGUAUCAAGAGGAAGCGAACAAAUUCAAAAAGUUGUACGAAGAUCUCCAGGAAGAUUUGAGCGAGCUGAAGCAGAAACUUCUAGUGCGUAACGAAGAGUUCCAAAUGGUUCAGAAAGAACUCGAACAAACCCGAUCGGAGCUUAGCUUGUCCAAGUUGCGUGUCGAACAGCUUUCCUCGGACGACGAUCAGGAUUUCAACGCCAAAAUUGAAUCCCUCAGCCAGCAGAACCUUAUUAAAUCUCAGCAAAUCAAGGACCUCCAGAAUAUAAUCAACCAGAUCGGGAACGAGCGGGACCAAAGUAACCAGCAGUACCAGAACUAUGUGCUUCACCUGAACCGGGAAGUAGCAAAUCUGGCCGACAAAAUCCAAGAACUCACCGAGGAGAAUAGUCGACUGUCGUCGCGGGAGGACACUCUGGUGCGGCACGUCGGAGAACUGGAGCGACAAAUUCAGCAGCAGUUGACGAAACAGCGCACCUAUGCGGCACAGCAAAAUGAUGAACCGGGUGGUGAUGAACAGAAGGUAGCUCUUGAGGCGGAAGUUAAACUGCUGAGAGAGAAGAUUGCUGCUAGAGAUGCAGAACGAGCUGAUAGCACGCCACAAAACGACGCGGUGGAACAACUUCAACGAAAGUACGAAGAGAAGCUUACGUUGGGCGAACAAAAGAUAGCAGAACUGCAGCUGGCGCUGGAACGCUUGCAGCUGGACAAACCGGACGUGGCGAAACUGAUGGCCGAAAUCGAGAGCGGAAAAGUCGGUGCCGCGCGGGCAGUGGCGCAGAAUAUGGAACUGAAAGCACAGCUGGAAGAGAUGCAGAAGGCGUUUGUGCAAAUUAGCAACGACAAGUUAGAGCUAACCGACAAGCUUCAAACAGAACUCCACCUGGGAAAAGAGAUGAAGGCCACCUACGGCCAACUGGAAGAGGAGCUACAUUCAAUUCGUGAGAAGCUUCACUACAAAGACGAGGAAAUGAUUCGACUAGCGCACGAGACCACGGAGCUUCAAAAACAGAUCUUACAGCAGAACCAAGAGAUCGAUCGGUUACGUUAUUACGAGUCACGUGCGAACGAUUCCAGCACUUUGCAGUCCGAACUACAGCAUGCUCAGCAACAACUGCAACAAUUGCAACAGUCAAACCUUAAUCGCGAAGAAAUAGUCACAACAAGUGUAGAAAAUAAUGAUCACAGUGGUCACAAUCAUCAUCAUGAUUGCAAUAGUCACGACCAGCAUCAUCAGCACGCUGAACAGCACGAUCUACACAGGGAAAUCGAAACAUUGAAACAGGAAAAGGCUGAACUGGUGAAUGCCAUCAACAAUCUGCAGAACAGAUCUAAGGCAAGCCCGGGCCAUGACAUUGCCGAUGAAAAUCACGUGGAUCGUGGACAUGAUGGCAUCAGUGAUAGCGUUUCCACCGUGAGCAUUCCCACACAAGAGGCCAUGGAAAAGCUUCAGGAGCGUUUCAAGCGAACAAUGCUAGAGGUUGCUGAGCUGACUGACGAGAAACAACGGCUGGAGCAUUUGGUAAUGCAGCUGCAGGGCGAAACGGAAACCAUUGGUGAAUACAUUACCCUCUACCAGCAGCAGCGCAGGAUGUUGAAACAGAAAGACAUGGAGCGGGAUCUCCAGUUGGAACAGCUGGCGCACGAUCGCGAGAUGAUGAAGCUGAAGCUGAAAGAGCUCAACUAUCUCGUCCAUCAGCUGGUGGUGGAAAAGGGUGGCUCCGUACCGCGAACAUCAUCGCCAACCGAUGAACUGCGUCACCAUCAUCCACCGGUCGUCGAUUUACCGUCUCCAUCGCCUGUUGCUAGUCCAAACAGCUUCUCGCCAGCGCCCAGUGAAAAUGGGGAAACUCCAGAAAUGGCCAAGGUGCACCACAUUCGGCCCACGGAAACUGCCGGAAGGAUUCUGUCUCUCCUCAGUGACAUCAAGGAAGCGAAUAUUCCUUACGGAAGCGGUGUGCAGCACUGUUCGUGUUGCUCCGGGCGGCUGGAAACCGUCUAGAAUUCAUUACCAAACAACAACAGCGUGCGUGUUACGAGGGACGAUGCCCUGCGAUGGCGAAUCUACGAUAAAGGCAAGUAGCGCGCGUUAGAUUAUUUUUAGGCAGGAGAGCAGACGAGUGCUUUACAGUGAAACUGUGGUUAUUUUUUUUAUAUAUAAGCUAUAAUCUAGUAAACUUUUAAUUUCACAUUUC